CACAAGAAGAGGUACGUGUCGAUCGAGGAACCAAUUGCCGGAACCAACUUCAUCAUGCAAAGAUAUAUUUACGGAGUUAUAAUGUUGGUCUUUCCCUCAGUCGUUUUGGCCGGGUUUUCCGCAGAAGACUGUCGAGAAUUGGGUCUCGUUAAAUCACAACUCAGCUGCUCAUCUUGCAACACCUUGAGCGACUACGGUCUGAACGAACUGAAAGAACAUUGUUUGGAAUGUUGUCAAAAUGAUAAAUCAGUCAAAUCAUCGAAGCUGAAAGUGUACCCUAUGGCAGUGCUGGAAGUCUGCACUUGUAAAUUUGGAGCCUACCCACAAAUCCAAGCUUUUAUCAAGAGUGACCGUCCGGCCAAAUUCCCAAACCUAACAAUCAAGUACGUGCGGGGAUUGGAUCCAAUAGUGAAAUUAAUGGAUGAACAGGGAAACGUGAAGGAAACCUUGUCUAUCACCAAAUGGAACACAGAUACAGUGCAGGAGUUCUUUGAAACGAGAUUAGCAAAAGUCGACAGUGAGAACGAUUAUUUGAAAAAUAAUCUUGUAAAUUAG